UAUUAAGAAGGGUACCCUUCUACCCUAUGGGUAGCGGGCAUAAACAGCACAAUGCUGUCGAACCGGCCUGGCUCUAGUAUGUGGUUACAAACAUACAUUUGUGCACAUUGUAUUUAUAUACUAUACAAAUGUACAUCGCGCAUUUCACAUCACAUAACUGCCUCACCUGAACCGACCAAACAACUUUAGAGCUCGCUGCGCAGACGCAUAAUAACGCUUUCUUAAUAUAGGUUGAAAAUCUGGUUUAAGCUAGCAACUUGUUGGACUUUUCGUUGAUGGCAAGCUAAGUUAGUUUUGCAGAUAUCGUCUGCAUCGAGUGGUUGUGUUGUGGUCCGCUUUGGUAAUUUUAAAUGUGCAACCAAAACGAAAAUCAAAAUCUCCAAUAAUACUAAGUAGAAGGGAAAGUAAUACGGAAGUAAAAGGUGCUUGGAACUGUCUUCAGUCGAGAACACAGUUGAAUGUAAGCCUGCCAUAUUUGACAAAAUGUGUGAUCAUCUGCGUUCUCGACACCUCAACAUACUGCUGGCUAUGAUUGGCUUAGUGGUAUCAGCACCAUUUGUAUUAACACAAGUAAACGAUGAGCCAAAUAUUAUAAGACCAACACCAGCUUUUCGUCUAGCAGAUGAUUUAACAACUGUUUUAUUAGUCAAUAAUGACGGGGUUGGUCGUUUAGGGGAUGGUCACGUACACGGUCGAUAUCUAUCAGUUCGGCCAGAGGUGGGUCUUUUAACAUCCACAGCACGCACAUUUAUUCAAGAGGGCAUUACAACUGAAUAUGCCACACAGGUGCUGGGCACAACUUUAGAGAAUGGUCGUCUGUAUGCCCAAUACCUAAAAAAAAAAAGUUCCAGAGUUCUCUUUGAGAAUGGUCAUGAAACAUCACUGCAACCAUCGCUGGCUGUUCUCACGAGCUGGGUGGGAGAGGGAGAUACAAUUCAUACACAUAGUCGUUCGUAUAUUCAAAAUCACAAUGAUUUAUUUAAUGUUGAUGCGGCUGAUUGGCGAGCCAUAGAAGACAGUUUAGAUGAUAUUUCUUCUAGCCACAUCCCAGUCUCUGUCGAAUUUGUUGGCAACACUGAUUUUCCUAAGAUACAAGAUUCAGCACAGGUAUUGCCAUCUACGACAACAAAAACUGAGAACAUUUUAGACCGAAAACAAGCCGUUCAAGGUGAAGUGCAUUCACGCAACCACGGAGAAGGAAAAUUGACCGCUAACAAAGUGCUGCCAGUGGGUGAUCUGCCAACUUUUACAGUAAAAAAAUCAUUUCGAGCCCAGUGGCUAUCAUGCAAACGGUCAAAUUCCUCCAAAUGUAUUCGAAAUCAAUGCGGAUAUAGAUGCAGAAGAAAUACGAUCGGCCAAAGAAUAUUAUUGGCAACAGCAGCAGUCUGUACAACUGAAACAAAGUGAGCAU